UUGUCACGAUACUAAAUUGUGAAUUUGGAUUUUAAGAAUAUGGAAAUGAGACUAUUUAUUAAGCUAUUUGCUGCGAUCGUACUAAUGACUGAAGCAUGCUCUUCUUUGAUAGAAAAAGAUGAUUUGAUCCAAGUCUUGUUAAAAGAAAUUCAAAAGUUGGGAAGUAAAGUUGAAAGACUUGAAACAGAGUGUGUGCUGAAAUCAGAUUUAUCAGACGAAAGACAAAGACGUCUUCUACUACCAGAUAAUCCUUCAACAUAUAAUAUAGCAUUCUCUGCAUAUCUUUCACAUUUGGACAAUGGUCCAGCGGUAGGAAAACUUCGAGAAAUUGUCUUUGACAAGAUUGAGACAAAUCUCGGCAACGGAUAUGACACUUAUUCUGGAACUUUUCGAGCACCUAAAGACGGGGUUUAUGCUUUUACAUGGACAAUAUUCGUCGUUGGUGGUUCAGGUGCAAAUGGUGAAGUCUGGACAGAAUUGGUAAUCAACGGACAGAUUCAUGGAACAUUGCAUGCUGACACGGAAACUACAAGCGACGACGAUUCAUCAACUGGUUUUGUUAUUAAGGUGCUCAAUAAAGAUGACAUUGUUUUUAUUCGCACCUCAAACAUGGCAGUACCCCAAGGACAACUUCAUUCUAACCAUAUGAGAUGGACAUUCUCUGGUUGGCUAAUUGAAUGA